AUGACUUUGGCCCUAACAGGCUUUUCCGGAACGGCUUAUUUAGACAAGACGUACACUUCGUUUGGUACAUGGGCGUUAGCAGAUUAUGCGUACUUGCAUUUUCAGCUUGCUACAUGUGUACUACAGGAUGAGCCUGCCUACAUCCGGCGAUUUUUCGCAGACCCACCAGAGUCAACCCAAUCUGAGUCGGCCAGGUCACUCCACCCAACCGGUUUUUCACAAAUAUUCCCAAUCAUCCAGGGCCGUUCAGAUAAAAAACCCUACACUACAAGAUGGCUUUCUGCCAAACCACCCUCUACUAGUAAUACCACCAUCGCUAAAUUCGCCGCAGCAGUCGAAAAUCCACUUUUAUUCCUUUAA